AUGAAGGGUGCGACGUGGGUUACUGUACUGGUCGUGCUGGGCCUGGUGGCCGCUGCGCAGGCCGACGAGUCCAUUGUGUACACUCAAGCGGGACCCCUGCGAGGAGUGGGUGUGCCCUUUGCCGAGCCUCCCGUGGGUCCGCUUCGCUUCACGCCGCCCCUCCCCAAGCGCCCUUGGGGCAACUCCCCCUACAACGCCACCGCCUACGGCGCGGGUUGUCCGCAGCAGUGUGUGCUGCCUCCGCACCUGUGCCCGGAGACGCAGAGCGAGGACUGCCUGUUCCUCAACAUCUGGACUCCGCGCGUCAAGACCGGCCAAGCUCCUCUGCCCGUCAUGUUCUUCAUGCCCGGUGGUCGCUUCGAACAGGGCGAAGCUGCGUCGCUCGUCUACAGUGGCGAGUACAUGGCGAGCUCGGCCGACGUGAUUCUCGUCACCACCAACUACCGCCUGGGCGUGCUGGGCUUCCUCGUGGCCGACGGCAUCCCCGGCAACUUCGGCAUCAAGGACCAGCGUCUCGCCCUCGAGUGGGUGAUCAAGAACAUCGCCGCCUUCGGUGGCAACCCGAAGAACAUCACGAUUUUCGGAGAGAGCGCUGGAGCUACCUCGGUCGCGGUGCAUCUGGUCUCGCAGUACAGCCAGGGCCUCUAUUCCAAGGCCAUCAUCGAGUCCAAUCCCUUCUCCCUGCCCAUCAAGACCAUCCCCGAGGCCAAGGCCUUGGCGAAGCUCUUUGUCGACAAGAUCCAGUGCCCAUGGGGCCAGGACACGCUGAGCUGCCUUCGGGGCAAGAACUGGCACGACAUCGUUGGCGCCGGCGCCGCCGUUGAAAACUCGUCGAUCGGUGAUGAGCUGCUGGGCCAACCUUGGAACCUCAUCUUGUCCGGCAAGUUCAAUCGAGUGCCGCUUCUGUUGGGCACUGUCUCGGAGGAGGCGUGGCCGUUCAUCUUCCAGGCCUCCAGUAAGCCCCUGAGCGAAUCCCUCUAUGUUUUGUUCAACGCCUAUCUCUUCAACAUCGACAUGGUGUCGGUCCUCCGCAGGUACCCCGUGGGCGGCGUGUGGGACUACUCCGACUACCGACCGCUGCUGGCCGAGCUCGGGACGGACUACAUCUUCACGUGUCUCACCAGGGGCGUCGCCAGGAAGAUCAGCUCCCUCGGUUCGUUUGUGUAUCGUGCCAGCGUCUACCUCUACCAGUUCAACCACUCCACGUCGUUCGACCCGUGGGGCAGCAAAUACAAGUUCUUUUGCCAUGGCAUUGAGCUCCCGUUCGUCUUCCACUCGGUGAAGCCCUUCUUCAACUUUAGCGCCGGCGAGGCCGACCUGUCCAGGCGCAUGGUCAGCUACUGGACCAACUUUGCCAAGAGCGGAAAUCCCAACGCGCCGGUGGCGGUGCAGCCCUCGUGGCCGCUCUACAGCCAGGCCGCCGAUCAGAGCAUGGAGCUGGCCGUGCCCCCGACCGUCAAGACUGGCCUGCGCGCCGCCUACUGCGACUUCUGGGACAACCUGGGCUACUCCUUCGGCAACUGA